AUGGGCCCACCAUUGCGCGCCGCCGCGAUAAAUCAACCAUUCGUGCGCAGGAGGCUAGGCCGGCCUACGGGUGGGGGUCGGGGAGUCAGGCAGCGCCGUGGGCAGCAGCGCGCCGAAGGCGACGUGGACCUGCGCGGGGCGGGCGCAGCCCCUCCGCCGGCUCCAGACCGGCCUGCGGGGCGUCGGUGCGGCUCCACCAUGUCGAAGGUGUCCUUUAAGAUCACGCUCACGUCGGAUCCGCGGCUGCCCUACAAAGUACUCAGUGUUCCUGAAAGUACACCUUUUACAGCAGUCUUAAAGUUUGCAGCAGAAGAAUUUAAAGUUCCUGCAGCAACAAGUGCAAUUAUUACCAAUGAUGGAAUAGGAAUAAAUCCUGCUCAGACUGCUGGAAAUGUUUUUCUAAAGCACGGUUCAGAACUACGAAUUAUUCCUAGAGAUCGUGUUGGAAGUCAUUAAUACAUGCAACUUGGAGCACAGUUACUGACCAGAAUAAAUAUUGAUGUUUGUUGUUGCUGUAAAAUUGAAAUCAGGUAUUUAAGAUACUAUGAAAAUAACAAGAAUCAAAGAAACAAUGAAUGGUGGCUCUUCUGUCCCUGUUGUUCAUACUUUUCAUAUGAAGUGGGAAGCCUCAUGGGUGGAGGGCACGACCUCCAGAGAAGGUGGUACAGUUGAUGGUUGCUACCUCAUCACAAUUGAGAGUUCACUUGUGGCACAUGGAUUAUCUGACUUGGCUAAUAAUUCUUAGCCAGAACAUUUUGAAAGCUAAAGUUCACUGUCACACUUGUAUUUGAGUUAAAAUAUAAAAGGAUUAUGGGUCAUGGAUGACAAUUGACUUGAUACUAUCUUACUUGCAAACUCGUAGUUUGAUUACUCUAUAGUCUGAUGACGUUAAUAGACAUUUCAGUGAAAAAAAUCUUAGUUUUUUAAGUUUCAACCUUAAUAUAUCCUAUAAAUUUUAAUUUCUAAUCAUGAAGCCAAAAGGUGAAUUUUUAAAUCUAUCCAUUGUAUCUAUAAAUAUUUUAACUGCGAUCUUGCAAAAUUCAGUGUUUAUAAUUGAAUUGAGAAAAGUAGAAACAUCUUUUGUUGAGUUAUGUAUUCUUUUAAUACCAACUUACAUGACAGAAAUCCUCAAGAAACCAUUUUUUGAGGAUAUUUUUGAACAGCGUUCAGAAAGAAUGUUGUUGCAGAGGAGACCUGAAGUGUACGCGUGGCUUUGAUCAAAGCAGCACUGACUGGAUGUGCUGAUGAGCAGAACUCGCUGAAGACCUGGCCUUUAAGGCAGUGUCACUACUAGUCAUCUUGUGGAUAAGAAGCCUGGGAGGGAAGAUGGGAAAGCCCCGAUGGCCCGACUGGGACAAGAAAGCAAAGGACAGCAGUGACAAGGAACAGCACCGAGCUGCAGGAAAAUUCCACGGGCUGGACAAACCUAAAAGAAUAGGUUGUAGAAAAGCGAAAGGGAAGACAAAAUACAUGACAUAGACUUAAGUACCAGGUGACAGAGAGGAGGCUAUAUUAUAUGAAUGUAAACACUUCAGAAAUACCCUUGAUGAAGGUCCGAAGAAAGAUUUGUCCAUACAGAGAAAACCUUGAUCUCUGCUGUCUUGAAGGAUGAAUUAAAGGCUCAUGACUCAGAGCGGGGGCUUGAGCAGCUGCAUUUGCAGUAGUGCGCUCUGGAGGCAAGGGGAAGGCAGGUUCUCACUAACUACUCGCUACAUCCAUGGAUAAAGCUCUAGGACCAAGUUUUACAUUGACAUGUUUGAGUGUUACAGGGCCUCAGUUUUAUUUAUAAGAAAAUGUAACACACAGCAUAUGAAAGCUACAUUAAUGGUUUGGGAAAUUACUAGAUAUUGAUCACAAAUUAUCAAAGCAGAGGGUACCAGCUGAUACAGGUAAUUCUAUUUUUAUAAAAAUCUAGUACUUAGUGACCCGGCUCUUUAUAAAAUUAGGCCUCAGUUAAGCAGAACUGUCUGAAUACUGUCUUUUAAGUUCUGGGCUUAAUUAUAAUUGUCUUCUUUCUCCUCUUAUAACACAAGUCUGCCUGCUGCUUGUGCAAUCCACUUAAAUGUCCUUUGCUAUGAAGUGAUAUAUUUAAUACUUAUUUGUUUGGUUUUGAAAAUUAAAUUGUAAUCUCAAAAACAUGUAUUAAGCAACUAGAUGUUUUAUUAUUAAAUGUGAUCUGUAAGCUCUUUGUGCCUAAUGUUUUAAAGCAUUGUAUUUAAAUGCAUUACUGGUCCAUAAUGAAUAUCUUAGGAAAAUACAUUUUCUUAUACUGUAAA